GUCACCGCCCCUUCCGUCGACGUGGGGAGGCGAGGGGCGGCCGGGCCGGGCACGAAGGAUGCUCAGGUCCCUCUGGAGUUUCCUCAAGCGGCACAAGAAAAAAUGUCUCGUCCUCGGCACCUUCCUUGGCGGCGUCUAUUUACUGGGAAAAUAUGGGCAGAAGAAAAUCAGAGAAAUCCAGGAGCGGGAGGCAGCUGAAUACAUUGCCCAAGCACGAAGGCAGUACCAUUUUGAAAGUAAUCAGAGGACGUGCAAUAUGACAGUGCUGUCAAUGCUUCCGACACUGAGGGAUGCCUUAAUGCAUCAAUUAAAUUCUGAGAGUCUCACAUCUCUUCUUAAAAAUAGGCCAGCAAACAAGUUAGAAAUAUGGGAGGAUUUAAAGAUAAUAAGUUUCACAAGAAGCAUUGUAGCUGUAUAUAGUACCUGUAUGCUUGUAGUUCUUUUGAGAGUCCAGUUAAAUAUUAUUGGCGGUUACAUCUACCUAGAUAAUGCUGCACUCUGCAAAAAUGGCACAACACCGCUGGCUCCCCCUGAAGUUCAGCAGCAAUAUUUAUCAAGUAUUCAGCACCUUUUAGGAGAUGGACUGACUGAGUUGAUAACUAUUGUUAAGCAAGCUGUGCACAAAGUUUUUGGAAGUGUUUCUCUUAAGCACACCCUAUCUCUUUUGGAGCUGGAACAGAAACUUAAAGAUAUCAGGAAUAUAGUAGAACAUAAAGAUUCAGAUCAGACUGCACCUUACUCUCCCUUAUGUCAUUAUCUGAUGCCAGAUGAAGAAAACCCCUUGGCUACACAGGCCUGUGGACUCACAGAAAGAGACAUUGCUACAAUUAAAUUGCUUAAUGAAACUAGAGAUAUGCUAGAAAGUCCAGACUUCAGUACAGUUUUGAGCACGUGUUUAAACAGAGGAUUCAGUCGAUUGAUGGACAAUAUGGCAGAGUUUUUUAGACCUACUGAACAGGACCUCUCUCAGAGCAGCUCUGUAAAUAGUCUUUCCAGUGUCAGUCUUCCUUUAGCCAAGAUAAUUCCAAUAAUCAAUGGACAGAUCCAUUCAGUAUGCAGUGAAACACCCAGUCACUUUGUUCAGGACCUGUUGAUGAUGGAACAAGUGAAAGAUUUUGCUGCUAAUGUUUAUGAAGCUUUUAGUACCCCACAGCAGCUAGAGAAAUGAACUGCACAUUCAUAGGGAGAGAUUGUAUGUAUAUAUAAUAAAUCCCUUGUGACUACU